AUAACUGUGACACUCACUCCUUUGUGCUUCACUGGGCACAGAACAGCCACCAGCCCCAAGAGCAGCUCUAGGCUGGGUCUGCUCUGGACACAGGAGCAGAGAGUGGGCAGACCAAGCAGGGGUGCUGAGCAUGGAGGAAAGUUGGGAGGCUGAGCACAGCUAAAGUCCAGAGCUCCCCAUGCCCUCGACUUCUCUGUGGACUCCAGCAAGGACCAUCCCAUCUCAGGAUGAAUCUGCCUCUGGGGCCAAGACUCCUGCCAGGCCCGGCCCAGGAACCCAGCUGCAAGGCCACCCCAGCGCCACCCAGCAGGUGGGACAGCUCCCAGAGCAGCAUCUCCAGCCUGGACCAGCUUCUGCCCACAAGCCCCACGGCAGCUGCGGCUGAGGCUGCUGCCUGGGUCCCCUUCCCCACCGUUGAUGUUCCAGACCACGCCCACUACACCCUAGGCACAGUGAUCCUGCUGGUGGGGCUCACGGGGAUGCUGGGCAAUCUGACAGUCAUCUAUACCUUCUGCAGGAGCAGAGGCCUCCGGACACCUGCCAACAUGUUCAUUAUCAACCUCGCAGUCAGCGACUUCCUCAUGUCCAUCACCCAGGCCCCGGUCUUCUUCGCCAGCAGCCUCUAUAAGCAUUGGCUCUUUGGGGAGACAGCCUGUGAGUUCUAUGCCUUCUGUGGAGCUCUCUUUGGCAUCUCCUCCAUGAUUACCCUGAUGGCCAUCGCUCUGGACCGCUACCUGGUGAUCACACGCCCGCUGGCCACCUUCGGUGUGGUGUCCAAGAGGCGGGCAGCGUUUGUCCUGCUGGGCGUCUGGCUCUAUGCACUGGCCUGGAGCCUGCCACCCUUCUUUGGCUGGAGUGCCUACGUGCCCGAGGGGCUGCUGACAUCCUGCUCCUGGGACUACAUGAGCUUCACACCUUCCGUCCGAGCCUACACCAUGCUUCUCUGCUGCUUCGUGUUCUUCCUCCCGCUGCUGGUCAUCGUCUACUGCUACAUCUUCAUCUUCAGGGCCAUCCGGGAGACAGGCCGGGCUCUGCAGACCCUUGGGGCCUUUGAGGGCAGCGAUGAGUCCCCAUGGCAGCAGCAGAGGCUGCAGAACGAGUGGAAGAUGGCUAAGAUCACGCUGCUGGUCAUCGUUCUCUUUGUGCUCUCCUGGGCCCCCUAUUCUGCUGUGGCUCUGGUGGCCUUUGCUGGGUACGCGCACGUCCUGACGCCCUACAUGAGCUCAGUGCCAGCUGUCAUCGCCAAGGCCUCUGCCAUCCAUAACCCCAUCAUUUACGCCAUCACCCACCCCAAGUACAGGGUGGCCAUCGCCCAGCACCUGCCCUGCCUGGGGGUGCUGCUGGGUGUGUCAGCCCAGCACAGCCGCCCCUACCCCAGCUACCGCUCCACCCACCGUGCCACGCUGACCAGCCAGGCCUCUGACCUCAGCUGGAUCUCUGGACGGAGGCGCCAAGAGUCCCUGGGCUCUGAAAGUGACGUGGGCUGGACAGACAUGGAGGCAGCAGCUGCGUGGGGGGCUGCCCAGCAAGUGAAUGGACGGUUCCCCUUCGGUCAGGCCCUGGAGGACGUGGAAGCCAAAGCCCCUCCCAGGUCGCAGGGACUGGAAGCUGAGACUCCCAGGAAGACCAAGGGACUGCUCCUCAGCCUGGACCCCAGGAUGUAGGACACCCAUAGGCUCUCCCUUUCUUCAGGGACAUGUCCAGCCCCCUGCCAUCUCCGUCACACACACAGACCCACACACAGAAUUAUCCCAUGAGUCUGCAAGCUUUGAAAGUGGGACUGUCACCUGUGCUAUGCUGCAUUCAUGGCCCCGGCCCCAUGUCCCCUCCCCACACCACAAAACUCCUGCCCUGUAAUGUGGUCUGCACCCACUUCUCAGCUCAGCAGCUGAACCCCAGGCUCAGCCUGCACAGCGUGUGCCUGGGCCCUCCCACUUCCCGGAGUCAUCCACCUCUCCUCAAAUGCUGUGUGCUGUGAUUGUCCAGGCGAUGACAAUGGCGAUGGCUCCAGGGGACACACCAGCUAUUUAUAAGCGAGGGAUCUCGGCCAGCCUCUGUGCCCGGGCUGGCAUUUCACUGGCUUGUGAAGGCCA